UAAUCGCGAUGGGUUUCUCGAAAGGCAGAACGUUUGGUUCUGUCGGGAGAAGAUGUACCGCCGGUUUCGGCUCGUAAUCGUAGGGGUACUACUGCUAUGGUGGUCGAUCGUGGCGGCGGGUGAAGGAAACGUGGUCCGCAACGAGGACAUCUGCGGCCUUCAGAAUGGCCGACGAUUGUACCUGGAGCUGGGCGAAAAGGGUAUUCUCUACGCGAGGAACGUCUCGUUCGUGAAGAAUGAACCACGGCAGGCGGAGAAUUCGCGCGUUUAUACUAGCAACAGCUCUCACGCUCAAUGUAGCCUCGAAUUGGUCACAUGUCCGUCUUGCGUGAUAAUCGUCACCUUCCAAACUAUCGCAUUAUCGCAUCACUGCGGCGACGGCAGCGUCACGAUGGAUAGCCCAUGCAGAUGUGACUACGUUUGGAUCUCGGAGCCGCCGUACGAGGACGUAUCGGGAACUCCCUUUUGCGGCUUGUACGCGCCGAUCACGUACAGAUCGAGCACGAGAACCUUGUCGAUCACUCUGUUUUACAGUCAAUCGCAUAAGCAUGCGUUCACGCUCGAGUACACGGCGGAGCGAAAUAGAUUGCACCUAAGGGGAACGAAACUGACGGCGACCGGUCAAGCGGCGAAAGGGUUGAAUAACACUGGUGGUGGUAUUUUAACGUCGCCGUUUUUCCCUGCUCGAUAUCCCCGUGAUUUGGGCUUGGAGUACGUGGUCACGUGCCCGAGCGAAGCUCCAUCCUGUCGCAUCAGACUGUUGUUCAGCGACUUUCAGUUGGCGACUGUGUCGAUAAUGGAGUUCUACGAUUGGAACGGGCAACGAUUGGAUGUAAGCAGUGGUGCAAGGUUUCGUCCGCCGGUGAUCAUGAGCUCUGGCCCGUCGUUACUGAUACGAUUCUACGCGAACGGUGGUACCGGGUUGGGCUACAAGGCUUUCUAUUCGUUCGUGAUCGGGCAUCCGUUGGAUAAAUCCGUGCAACCGAUAACCGACUGUGGCGGCUACGUGGAGAACCUUGGCGGUGCGAUCACUAUGAUGGAUAUGGUCGACGAGGGAGUAAAAACGUACGACUGUGUCUGGCUGAUACGACCGCCGAAAAACUUUUUACACAUGAAGACGCACAUGUACCUGAAGGUGGUGACAUUCACGGACAUGGCCGGCAACACCGAACUAAUCGUUAAACAAGGACCCACCUCGGCUCUUUUGCCACUCGAGAUUCUGAGGCAUCCGGCGAGUCAAGUGCAACCACCGAGACACAGGGAACACGUGGCUCCCGUGACCAGUGGAUUUCACGUCAGCCUUCGGGGAACGUUCGGCUCGUCCUCCCAUCUGGCGAUUGCCUACGCUGCCUUUAGCUACAUGGACUGCUUUGCGGGUUCCGACUUUCUUUGCCGCAACCACAGAUGCAUACCGAAUCAAUUGAAUUGUGAUGGCUUCGAUCACUGUGGAGACAACAGCGACGAACCAGCGACCUGUUUCCAAGAUUGGGAGUUGGAGCCUCAAGACCGAAAGUGGCACGUGAACAAGGCGAAUUAUUACUUUCCGAAAAUCGAUCGGUAUCCAGACUUGAAGACGGCCACUUUAGUGUUCGUCGCGAGUAGCCUCGGUUUGAUCGUUCUGAUAUCGGCUUUGAUCAUCCUGCUGUACAGAAUGGGCGCCAGGGCGAGGCAACAGCGAGAACUACAAUCGAGAUUGCAAACGAUCAGCGAGCUCCUAGACGGAGCGCGAAUCGACGAGAUAUCGGUAUCGGACGACCCACCGGUAUACGAGGCGCCACCCGGCUAUGACGAGGUGGUCAAAUUCGGCCUUGACUCGGAGAUCGUUGCCCGGAAGAAGAGAAGAGGGUUUGGUCGAGAAUCGCGCAGUAGAAAUUCUCCCUGUCAGAGUUGCUCUGUGGAAGCCGGCCGAUCCUCUAUCUGCUCGAUCACGGAGACGGCGGGCACCAGCCGUGGGAGUAGUCGGGCGACACCGAUCCCUGGCCAAGACGCGGCGACGGCAGGUCCACAGAAUCGAACGGCACGUGUGCCUGAGAGCCCACCGCCUCCGUACGUCACUCCUCCCGGGUCAAUAUCACGAAACUUCACCGUGCCUGGAUUAACCACCGCCUCGUAUAGCGGACGCGAACGGAAGGAGGAUGGCCACGGCGGUGGCGACGGUGACGACGGCGGUGACGGUGACGACAGAGACGAGAACGAGAACGAGGAGAAUGACGGACAGGAGGUGGAGCAGUCGACGGAGGAAGGGCUGGAGGAUGGAACAUUGCGGCGGGAUUGGUUUCGUCGAAGCGGUGGACAGUUUUCGUUGCCCCUGACAGGGAACAGCGAAGCUGCAACGAGUACAGACACACUGCAACGGACCUCGCAUUCAGUCGGCGCAGAACUUUUCGGUGCGUAUUCGUGGAAUCGCGACGACGCUACCAGUUCCAUAAGAACGGCCGACGACGCCUGCUGUGAUUCGCAGCGGAGGAUCUCACGCGUUGCUUCGACCGUGUCGGUGUCGGAUUACGGAGACCAAGGAGACGACAUAGGAGGAAAGUCCGAGAAGCGAGUCAGAGAACUGACCGAGGGACGACGAGGAGCCGAAACGUCGGAGUCCGAAGAGCACGGCGGGGGCAACGUUAAGUCGGAGGACGUUUCUGUAUGUUCUUGCGAGGGAGCCUGCGGCUGCGCUACCGUUCAUCCAAUUUCAUUUCUCAAGAAGCGAACCUUCUCUGGCCGUCUCUGGCCACCUCGUCGUAUGUCCGUGGAGCGGGAUAGGUGGCUGGAAGGUAAAAGGGAAGAAGAGCGACGACGAUGGGAACAACAGGAGGAGGCGGAAGGGGAGGAGGAAGAAGAGGAAGGAGGAGAAGUGGAAGGAAGCUCGGGGCGAUCGACAAGCACGAUCGUUAGGCUGCUGAGCGGUACGAAAGGAGGGAAAUGGCACAACGUAGGAAACGGAGGCGGAGGUUCGACUGUCACGUCUACGGCAAGUUCAACGCCAUGCGGUACCCUUCGAAGAUCCGUGAGGAAAUUUUCGGUUUGCUCGCGCGAGGCUUGUUUCGGUAGAACGUCCACAUCGAUCAGAUCCAUCAGCAGCUACGAGAAGUUGAGCAACGGCGAGUUCGAUGUGGGGCGCAACAGCUUGCACGCUUCCGAUCCGUCUACAAUAGGCACAUGCGGUGAACGACGAGGAUACCGACGAUAUUCGAGCUGCGACGUGGAAAGUCUUUGCGAAGGAAUCAGGAUUUUGGAUGGAUUUUUAGCGCGUAGAGGAUUGGCGGUAGCACACACUCGCAAACAGUCGGUGACGGUGAUGCUGUUCGGCACCCCGGCGCACGGAGCGAUUUGUGGCGGAUUGGAAGAAGAGAGGGUUCGCGAGGUCGCGCGCGUUUCGCGAUUCAGCUUGGACACCUUGUCGUCCAACUGAUCGAUUCUACUUUCGAAUAGGCGCGGAUAUAGGAGAAAAUGACAAAGAGUUCCGAUAUUUUAUUUGAAAAAUCGUUUAUUUCUCUGAUACUGGUAGUGAGGCACACGGUGUCGCUUCGUAACCGGCGCACGCGCGCACCGAGUUCUUGACACGGUAUUUUCGUUGCGUAAUCAUAUCUCUCGGUGUAAGUAAAUGACGUUCAAAUAGACGUAGUAAAAUAUAUGUAUGUAUGUAUCUCUGUGCAUGGGCAUGCACAUACACGCCUAAGGUCAGCGGAACAUAUAUAGCGUGUUCGUAAAUUAAAAUAUCAAGUGGCAGCAGAAGCUUGAUCCAGCAACACACAGCCAACACCGCAUACGGCAUUCUGUGUUAGGGUUCGUACGAUAAAAGGACAAGUGAUAACUAGCGGUAUUUCAUGUACUAGCAGGCAAAUUAAAAAUGCUGCUAAUUAAUAUUUUAAAUAUUUGAAGUUUCUUUCUAUGCCUGAUGUAUCAUAAACCUAUGUGACCAAUGCAGAUCAAUUGGCUAGCCGAAUUUGAAAAAGGUGGAACUGAUGCAAAAUGAAGUAAGCAACAUGAACGGUAAUCAUUGGAAGAAAGCAGUGGAUAAAGUAAUCAAAAUUAAAGGAGAACACAGGUAAAAAAGAAGACCAUUAUACGGGUCUGACUGAGGGAGGGUUCGAAUUCUGAACUUCUCAUAUUCUGUUUGUUAGAAUAAUCGAAACAUGAUUACUUUUGACUGCUGACCGGUUUUACGAGCGCGCUAUAUUUGUUCCACGUAGUAUAUACAUAGUUUUUGUCAGUUUACGUAGCCGUGAGUGUGUACGAUACCUGUACGAAGAUUCAGUCGGCGUUAACGUUUAGCGAAUAAGAACGCUCGAGUUGGCGAGAUUGGCACUUA